CCCACCUUUUUUUUUCUCCUUUAAAUUCUUGCCAACCAUUCUGAGCCUUCACAUACCAUAAAUUAAUACAAAAACCUAACUCAAUUCCAAUAAUAAUCUAGUGAGUAAGGUACAUCCCAAAAUGGGGAAAAGUGUUAUUAUGCUUUGGAGCUUUUCCCUCCUCCCCUCUUUCUUCAUCUUCAUGAACUUGUUGGGAUUCUUAGAGGCUCAAAAUAAGACUCCAAUUGUUUAUGUGUUUGGUGACUCUCUUGUUGAUGUUGGCAAUAACAAUUACUUGGCUCUUUCUAUUGAAAGAGCUGCUCUUCCUCACUAUGGUAUUGAUUAUCCUACAAAGAAACCAAAUGGGAGGUUUAGUAAUGGCAAGAAUGCUGCAGAUUUUAUUGCUGAGAAAUUGGGGAUCCCAACUUCACCACCUUACCUCUCCCUAGUGUCCAAGUCCCGCAACAACAAGAAUGUGUCAUUUUUGGGUGGUGUUAGCUUUGCCUCUGGAGGUGCUGGAAUAUUCAGUGAUAAAACAGAUGAAAUUUCUAGGCAAAACAUACCUUUGCCAAAUCAAGUGGACUACUACAUCAAAGUGCAAGAGCAAUUGAGCCAACAAAUAGGAGAACCAGCACUUCAGUGUCAUCUCUCCAAAUCCAUCUUUGUUGUUGUGAUUGGAAGCAACGAUCUCUUUGGUUACUUCAACUCAAAGGAUCUUCAAAAUAAAAGCACCCCUCAACAAUACGUUGAUUCCAUGACUUCCUCCCUAAAACUUCAACUACAGAGAUUAUACGAGCAAGGUGCAAGGAAAUUUGAAAUUGCGGGAAUUGGUGCAAUUGGAUGCUGUCCUUCAAACAGGCUUAAGAACAAAACAGAGUGCUUCUCGGAAGCCAAUUAUUGGGCACUUAAAUAUAAUGAAGAUCUUAAAACCUUGUUGAAGAAUUGGCAAUUGGAGAAAAAGGACAUAAGAUACUCCUACUUCGAUACUUAUGCCGCUAUCGAAGAUCUCAUUCAGAGCCCAAUUUCUUAUGGAUUUAGAGAAAUAAAAACUGCUUGUUGUGGAAUUGGUAAGCUGAAUGCUGAACUUCCAUGUCUCCCAAUUUCCAUUGUUUGUUCCAACAGACAAGACUAUCUUUUCUGGGAUCCUGUCCAUCCUACCGAAGCUGCUACUCGCAUCUUUGUCGAUAGACUUUUUGAUGGACCUUCAAGAUAUGCAUCUCCUAUUACCAUGAGACAGCUUGUAGCUGCUUGAAUUUCUUUUUUCUUUUUCCAUUUUAUAUCUUAAUUUGUCCUCAAUAAUACAAUAUGCCAUUGUUCUUUUAA